UAUAUCUUUAUUUAUUUAUUUCUUUUUGUUGGUUUUGAUUGUACGAAUGCUAUUGUUAUCUAUGUGUAUUUUGUUAUCGUAGAGUGAACAAAAAAUGAAACUAUGCAGAAUAGACUAUCUAACACCAAAAAGAGGGUGGCUGAUACAAAAACACGCAUACUCACAUUGCAUAUAUACGGCCACAUAUUUUGGAACGUGCCGGUGUCUUUGUGUGUAUUAGUAAUAUAAUGGCAUCGGCUCACUUGUCAACAUCUAAACGAAAAUAAUGCGUUUUGAUGGAAAUGGAAAAUCAUUCUUGUUUUGGAUGCGCAGAAAUUUACAACGCGACCGAGAAAAACGCAGCCAUUUUCUCUUCUCUGAAUAAAAAUAUAAACAAAACAUUUGACGAAAUUAAGGCAGGUUUUAUUAUUUUGUCAUUUAAUAGGACAUUUCUAUGUUUAAUGACAAGGCCAAGGAAAUCUUAAUUAAAAUACGUAUUUAUGUGGAAUAUAUUUGAAAUGUAUUAAAACAUGUGUGAUUUAUACGGCUGAUACAGUGAAUGAUAUAUUUUCUGUGAUUUAAAAACUAUCGGACUAUCUUGAGGAAAUCCAUUUUGCAUAUUACUUAUUUUAAAUCGGAUUUCGUGAGAAAAGUGUUUGACUUUGCGUACGGAAAUUGGCAGCGACAACAAGACGCAUUAGUAUUGAGUUACUGCAGAAACCGCAAAAACAAUUGCAUUUCCCAUUUUCACCUACAUUUUACGAUAAGGAAAUAUAUAAGAAACAAGUAGCCACAGCAAAUAUGUCUCCAAGCCUAGCUUCAAGUACUCAUGCAACACGUAUGAAACCUACUAAUCUAAAGGCCAGUCUUCUUCAAUACGAUGCCAAUUGGGUGUGGAGUAAACGACAUCGGUCACAUGAAGUCAUUCUAUCCGAAUCAUAUCGCAAAGUAUAUUUUCAUCCAAAUUGGAGUAAGGGAACGGCUGGUGUGCGUGGUACACAUGCGAUAAACAGUUGCCGUCAUUAUUGGGAAAUUCAUGUGUCGCAUCGAGUUUUUGGUACAAGUAUGAUGUUUGGAGUUGGUACGGCUAACGUACGAUUGAACGCAAAUAUGUUUGUAAAUAUGUUGGGCGAAGAUGAGAACGGCUGGGGAUUGAGCCAUAAAGGUUUGGUGUGGCAUGGUGGGUUCACGUAUAAGUUUUCUGAACCAUUUAUUGAAAACGAAGCGACCGUAAUUGGUAUAUAUUUUGAUGGUUUAAAUGGAACGCUAACUUAUUACAAAGAUGGACGAUGUUUGGGUGUUGCGUUCCAUGAUUUGAACAAAAUUGGAGAACCAUUGUAUCCGAUUGUGAUAUCGACAUCAGCCAAAACGGAAAUGGUUUUAACCGAGACGCGACGUGAUUUUCCCAGUUUGAAAGAUCGAUGCCGUGGAGAAAUUCUGAAACACAUCAAACAAAAAUCCAAUCUGGAAAAUUUGGGACUCAAGAACCAUGAAGUUGUGAAUUAUUUGUUGGAUGAAUUUUAUGAGCCUCAACCUUGAACCUUUCGUUUAUGAGAAUCCUCCGAAAAUGUCUAUAUUUUAAAAAGUUCUUACCUCAACAAAUUUAUCGAUUUAUAUUUUUAUUGAUUGAAUUAAUUUAUCGUAGCUCGUGUAAAAUACGAUGAAUUUUAUAUUUUAUAUCCGUCGAUUGACCAAGAAAUUAUACAACCCAAAAAUCUAGUCAUAAAAAGAUUGAUUUCGAUAGUUAGUGAUCUGAAUAAGACUUACAUGAGUAUUAUAUUUUAUGCAAUAGUAAAAUAAAUAGUACAAACAAAACUAG